GCGGCGCCAGGAGUCAGUCGCGCCGAGAGCGCUGGGACCGGACGGCUGUACGUGUAGAGGGUCUCUGCAUAACGACACGCGAUCUCGCUGGGCCAUGGCAGCACCUCCGGCCAAAGGGAACACAGAGCAGUCAGAAGAAGGUGACCUCCUGCAGCUUCCUGUAUCCCCCAAGCCAGAUGAUGAGCAGAGCAGGAGCCAGAGCCCCACCCAGCUCCCGGACUCCCCUGAGGCAGGUGGGGAGCAGGAGGAGGAACAGGCCUUCCUGGUCAGCCUCUACAAGUUCAUGAAGGAGCGACACACGCCCAUCGAGAGGGUGCCCCAUCUUGGCUUCAAGCAGAUUAACCUGUGGAAGAUCUACAAGGCAGUGGAGAAGCUGGGGGCCUAUGAGCUGGUGACAGGCCGCCGCCUCUGGAAGAACGUGUAUGAUGAACUUGGGGGCAGCCCAGGCAGCACCAGUGCGGCCACAUGCACACGCCGCCACUAUGAGAGGCUGGUCCUCCCAUAUGUGCGGCAUCUGAAGGGGGAGGACGACAAGCCACUGCCUCCUACCAAGCCCAGGAAGCAAUACAAGAUGACCAAGGAGCUGAGGGGAGACGAUGGGACCACUGAGAAGCUGAAGAAGGCCAAGGACUCAGAGGAGAGGCGGGUGGAACAGGCCACGCCAGGAAAGACCAAAUCAGAUGCCACUGGCCAGACACAGCUUCCCUGCCAGGGAUCCUCGAGGGACAGCACAGAACAGCUGGGCCCAGUAUCUGGACCCUCUCCACCACUCAUGGGUGCUAGUAGCUGCCCUGAGGCCUACAAGCGUCUCUUGUCAAGCUUUUACUGCAAAGGGGCGCAUGGCAUCAUGUCACCACUGGCCAAAAAGAAACUCCUGGCCCAGGUCAGUAAGGCAGAGGCCUUGCAGUGCCAAGAAGAGGGCUGUCGCCAUGGAGCAAGGAGCCCCAACAAGGACAUUCAAGACAGUCCCCAGAACCUAAGAGGGCCGGCUGAGAACUCUGAACACCAGCUAGCCCCCCAGGAAGGAUUGCAGGCCCCUGGUGGGAGCACCAGGAUGGAGGCCCAAGUGGGCCCCUGCCCUACAGCCCCCAUGUUCUCAGGCUAUUUUCAUGCGUACCCCACCGAGGUGCUGAAACCUGUCAGCCAGCACCCUAGGGACUUCUUCUCCGGCCUUAAAGACAGGGUGCUGUUGGCACCACCUGGUAAAGAAGAAGGUCCGACAACCAAAGAGUCCCAACUGGUGUGGGGUGGGGAUGCCAACCGCCCCUCUGCAUUCCAUAAAGGCAGCACAAGAAAAAGAAGUUUCUACCCCAAACCCAAAGCCUGCUGGGUGUCCCCCAUGGCCAAGGUCCCUGCUGAGAGUCCUAGAGCCCCAUCCCCUCAUCCCAGUAGCCCAGGUCUUGGCAGUAAGCGCAGCUUGGAAGAAGAGGGAUUCGCUCAUGGCGGCAAGAAACUGAGGGCAGUGUCUCCCUUUCUGAAGGAGGUGGAUUCCAAGGAGUCUGGGGGCAAGCCUGCAGCCCCUGGCUUGGCUGUAUCCUGUCUACUGGGCCCAACCCCAGGGCCCACUCCUCCAGAGGCCUACAGGGGCACCAUGCUGCGGUGUCCUCUAAACUUCACCAGUAGUGCAGACCCUCUGAAGGGCCAGGCCUCACUCCCCUUCAGCCCCCUGGUCAUCCCUGCUUUCCCAGCCCACCUUCUGGCUACAACAGGCCCCUCACCUAUGGCUGCCAGCCUGAUGCAUUUCCCUCCCACGCCCUAUGACGCUGUCCUCCGCAACAGACUGGGUCCAGCUUCGUCUGCCUGGCACAUGCCGCCCGUCACAACCUAUGCGGCACCUCACUUCUUCCACCUCAACACCAAACUGUAGGCCAGAGCCUAUCCUGCUAUGCUGUGGAGGAUUUGAUGGGGCCUCAGAUGGGCAGCUGCCGCCAUGUAUCUCAGGCCUGAGCCGACUGCCCAGAUUCCCAGGCCAGUGAGCCUCCCAGAGUCUGUGUCUCUCUGGUACAGACAGCAGGGAGGCAGUGGGGCUUGUCUGAAUGAAGUAGCCCAUGCCCAAAGCCAAGGGACCAAGUUGUGGUAAGAUCACGAAGGUACCUGAGCUGGUAUUCUCUCUCCACUGAGAAACCAGGGAGCUAGUUGGCAGCUCAAGGCAUCCAGGUUGGCCAUGAAAGACCCAAUAAAAAGACACUGGUGUGAUUGCACUCAGCCCUGGGGUGUACAGCACUGGAUAUUUGCAAGGGGAGGUGAGGCAGGAUCCAGUGUGUAGGUGUGGUGACCAAUGUGUGAGCAAAGAUGAAACAAGGCCACUCUGGCCUGGAUGCCAUCGCCCCACUGGAAGGGUGGCAGGGCCAGAGCCAAACUCAGCCUCUUGUGCACAGAUGAACAGCUGUGAUUCCUUUCGCUCCAGCUCCAGCCUCGGGGCACCUGACUGUUGAGGUUGCCACGGUGCCAAAGCCCAGAGCACACUGGUGACCUGUGAGACAAGAUGGAGGGGCUGUGUCACUGCAACCCUCUGAGCUGAGCCACACACCCCCAUCCCAGAAGGCCUCAAGUCUUUGAGUGAAGGGCAUCACUUGCUCUGAGAGGUUCUUGCUGUGUUGCUCAGGUUAGUCUUGGACUCCCGACCUAAAGAAUUCCUGCUGUGGCCUUCUCAGUAGCUGGAGCUACUGGGGUGAACCUGUGAAGAAGGGAUUUGUGGGUGCUCACAUAAAACCCAAGUGAAUCUGUCCUGGUAGUGGGCAGACCUGUGAGCCCAGCUGCCUAGUGUUCCCAGUGAGUGACCUGUCACAUUCACACCUACUUUCCUGUUCUACAUAUUGGACUACAUAUUGGGUGAGGGGUAGAGGGGACCCAUCUCUACCUGUGAAUCUGUUGCCAAGUCACAGUGAUAUUUACCUGUGGUUGCUCCAGGUGCUCACACAGAAAUCCCAUGGCUUGGCACCCAUUCCUACCUUGGACAUGGCUUGCUCUGCCAGUCCCAAGGAGACUGUCAGUACAGCUUCACACCGUUCCUGGAAAGGCAGUGCCACCGUGGACCAGAGAUGCCAGGAUGCCAGUGAGCCAAGUCAACAGAUGGUUACUGACCUACAUCAUGGGAACUCACCCUGUUCCUGACCUCAGGCCAUGGGUAGGAGGGCAAGUUUUUAUGGACCCCUUAGUUCACAGGUGGCAUGGCCAAGGCCAGAGACAGCAAGUGUCAUUGAGGAUGUCUGGCUCUGGGAAACGGGUGGCCAGGGAAAGCAGCUGCCUGUGGAAAAGAGCUGGGACACAGGUGUCCUCUAAGACCAGGUAGCUAGAGGGUAGGGGUCCCACUGAUGCAUCUUGCAACUCCCCACCUUCCUUCUGGAGAUACCAGGAUGCCAGCCUGAGUAUUCAGAUGACCAGCCCUGAGCUCCUGGCUACCCCACUGCACCCAUGUGCUACCUGUCUGUGAGCUCUUACAGCCCCAUGAGGAGGGAUUCUAGGCUAGCAAAUGCCCUGGCUGUUGGGUUGUACACUGUGGGGUCAGGUCCCAGGAUAGACAGAGGGUACCUUCGUGUGUGCGUGGAAGGAUCCCCUUCAUCUACAAAGUAACACUAGUCUCAACCUGCUCAAAGGUGGUGUAUGACAGACAGCCUGAUAAUGGUAGCUUGUUCCAAGCUGCAGGAACGGAGCCCUCUGCAGGUUCAUCUGGAGAAUGCACAGCUGGGAUGUGUGCCUUUCUGGGUUGUACUCCACUCUGCUUCAGCAAAGACUCUAGAAAUGAAUACAGUCAGGCUUCCUGGGAAACCUUGGGACUUUGCACCCAUGCGCUAGCCCCACAUGAUUCUCCUUCUUUCUGUGAAUGAGAGAACUCAGCUCAGAGGCGACUCCAAACACUGUGGUACACACACCUUCCUAUGUUCACUUGUGUCCCUGACAGGUUCCCUCAGAGAACCCACAGGCCAGCAAAGCUCUUGGCGUCUGUGUCCAGGGCAUAACUUGUGGUCUGAGCCUACUUCCAAAUCAUUCGUGACAUUUGAGCUAAUGGUGGGAGGAGGCAGAGGCCACUCUGGUAUUUGUGCUGACCCCACCCCUGCCCGUGGUCCUGGCUCAUUUCCCUGGAAACAGCUUAAGUGUGAUGAGUUGGGCAUUCAGUGGGAAAUCCCUUUGUUUGCCUUGGGUGUCAAAGCAUGGUGCCCCUGUAACUGUCUUAGGUGGCACUGGUUUACAUUACAUGUGCAUCUCCCACACGAGGCAAAGAUCACCACCGCCAUAGUUUGGUUGGCUGGUUUGCUUUGCUUCUUUUUAAGACAGGGUUUCUCUGUGUAGCCCUGGCUGCCCUGGAACUCACUCUGUAGACCAGGCUGGUCUCUAGUAGAGGUCCACCCUCUGCCUCUACUUGGAUUAAAGAUGUGCACCACCAUGCCCAGCAACCACCUCGCCCAGCAACCAUCAGAGUUUUAAACCGAAUGGCUGGGAAUUUUCCUUUGAAGACCUUGAGAAUGGCUACAGGAGGUGAUGAAGAAACAGCAGCAAGUCCCCGAGGGAGUGGCGAGAGAGUGGGGCCAGGAGCCGGGGGGUGGGGGUGGGGCUGUUGGGCAGGGACAGAGGAAGCCAGAGAUGACUCAGGCCACGUUUAGAACCUUCUAGCCCAGGAGGCAGUUGGGCUUUUAUGGGAAAUAAAUAAAGAUGGCUGAAAGUGCUGGCUCCCAGAUUCGGUUGUUUGCUUUAUGGGGCUAGGGAUGGAAUCCAGGGCAAUUUUCAUGCUCAGCCAGCACUGAUCACUUGCUGCCCCCCAGCCCUGAACUCUGGCAAGUGGUAGGUGCGGACACUCGAGACUAGAACAGAGUCGGGAACGUAUCCUUGGAGAUGGCAGAGACAACAUCUGGACACAGGUCUGGAGAUGCUGCGGACACAUCUGGCCAGCAUUUCUGUUUAUACUGUGAGCAGAGUGAGUGUGGGGGCUGGGCUUGGAGAGGGGAGGGAGCUAGGCAGUGAUCACAGUAGAGCAAAGACGUCCAAGGGCACAGCGUCCAAGGGCACAGCCAGGGCACAAAAGCUCGGGUUUCCACUUGACCUUAGCAGCGUGAGUAUCAUUGCACCUAGGAGGCCGGCUGGACACAGUCUCAAGGCAAGGGACAGCUAAGCACCACUCCAGUGGGAGCUGAAGCGGCUGCAUGAAGGGCAUCAAUAGAGAACCAGGGAAUGAAGUGGGGAUGGGGGGGUGAGUUGGGAAGAGGUGGUAAGAUCUUCAGAGUUCAGAUCUUGGUGUGCUGUGGGGGACUUGAUGGGGUGGGUGCACAUAAGAGGCUUGGCUGAAAUUGGCAGUUAUUGGUUGCUGGAUGAGCUAGAGCAAGAAGGGGUCAACAGAGCUCAGGCACGGAGGACUUUGAAUCAAGGGCAGCGGGCAUGCUGGGUGGGCACAGCCGCCAGGGUAAGGUGUGUAGGCACAGGAAAGGAGGUGAUGGGGCCUCAGCAAAAAACACAGCACAGGAGGCACGAAGCAAAGGUUACUUUCCACAUGAAGUUGCUGGGCUGGCCAGAGCCUUAGACUGGCAGAAUAGACAUUAGAGAAGGCCAGAGGCAACGAAAAACUUCAUGGCUUUAAAGGAAUUUUAAAUCAAGAGCAGAGGCUGCUUGGCAUGUUUAGAUGUUUGUUUUCUAGUGUGCUGGAUGGAACCCAGAGCCUUGGGUAUGCUGGGCAAGUACCCAACACUGAGCUAUAUCAUUUGGUGUUUAAAAAAAAAAGAAUUAACAAUACUUG